AUGAUACACCGCCGUGGCGUCUUAUCGCCAGGUGUCUGCGGCAGCACGGCUCCUAGAGGGACAGAGGCCUCCCAGUACUGGACGCGACUACGUGUGCCGCGCUGCGCGGGACGCCUCACGGUGCGUGGGAUGUCACCGCCAACAAAGGAGUUGACUGCGGCAAUGGCGUCUCACCCGGGCCGACUGAAGCGCAAGGAGCAGCUUGGGGACAGCCGAUCCAGCCCUGCUCCCAGAAAAGGUGACAGUCACCACCCGGAAGCUUCGGCAGGGCAAGAUGAGAGAGAGCUGCCGAAACGACGCACGGAGCGGAAGUCCGGAGACAAACACCACAAGACGCACCGGCGAAAGAAGACUGAUCGCGGUUCGCCCUCACGAGAUGCGUCGCCCGCUGCCGGAGAUGGCCAAAGGAGCAAGAGCAGAAGCAGGGACUCCUCGCCAAGGCGCCCUAGCGAGCCGGAGGAGUCGGUGCGCGGCCGCUGGCGUCGCCGCUACGUCGAGAGCCGACCCUUACUGUUACGGAUGGCGCAGCUCAACUGCGCGUUGCAAAAGAGUCGUGCUGCCGCCGCCGCGCUGUUGCACGAGCACGAGCACGUCGCGCAUGCGCUGACACAACGCCACAGCGCAUGCGCCGACUGCCACGGCGCAUGCGCGUACUGCCACAGCGCACGUGCCGACCGUCACGGCGCAUGCGCGAAAGCAGCCGGUUGCGCCUGUGCUUGCACGUGUGUGGAUCUCAACUCACAGCCGCGACUUCGCGCGCUCCGCGAGCGAUUCUUACAAUCGCUGAAGGUGCCGAAGUUUCUGGGCGAAGCGAAGGUAGCCGGUAAGCAGUUGCACGAGUGGCUGUGGCGGUAUGCCCAGCCGCAGCAGCAGCAGAAGAAGACGAACAAGAAGAAGAAGAAGGUGAAGGACAAGGAGAAGACUCCUGUGCUCGCUCUGGUGCCGAGGGAGCUGAGCUCCAGCGACGAGGACCGGCUCGCCGAAGGACUCGCCUGUGUCAUCCUGUAGCAGUCCAACGCGAGUGCCGUCAGACGUGACACAGACUGUACAGUUCGCAAUCUUCACCUCACUCAAAUUACUACUCAGGGACUGGUGCAGGUGGCGCAGCGACAUGAUUCCCUCCUCCAGACAUGACGCGUCCUCUCUUGUGUCGUCGCCUUUAUAAGUUUCGACGAUGGCCAUAAAGAUGAAACUGGCAAUCUGAUCUAAUGAUUUAAAAUGAGAUUUACAUUGCUGUUUCUACAGUUAAUUUAGAUAUCAUGGUUGCCAGUCUCUUGCAAUGGCCCAGUCGAUCUCAUUUGAUAACCCACUCACAUUACAUGCUCGUUCAGUGAGUCGUGCAAGACUUUUAAGCGAAGAGACCUCUCACAAGAUCAAUAACACCAAAACUCACCAGCGAUGCCCACACAGGGGCCAUGAGGCGUCGCCGUCUUUAAAUACAGCUCAUUCUCUCCGUUCCCUUGUAAGACACUCGUUGCAGUUACACUGCCCAGAAAUAAACACACCCAGUGCCUAGGUAUACAAACCAUAUAUACCACUGUUUUCUUAGACGUAUAUUGUAGAAACAUUGGUUUCCUUUUUUUUCAGAGCUGUUUGUAUCUAGUAGUUAUCAUUAAAGUGCAGCUACUCACAGAAGUCCAGUAAGAGACGAAUUAUCAUAGAUAUUCUAAUCCGUUAAUGCGGAACCGAUGUACCCUGAAAAAAAUUUAGUUCCAGUAUUGGCCACCAGAUGCAAGUCUGGCGCUGUGAAUGUAAAACACAGAAAUGUUUCAUUAUGUAAUGGAUUAGGAACAGGAGAUUGGCAGAAACAGUCAAAUAAAGUCAAAUAGGCAUAAUGUUGGUUUUAUUAUUAACUGAUGCUUACACAAUUUGUUGAAUGUGAGCACCGGAAACGUCGACGAGAUGAUGUACAGCACCAGAUUUGCAUCUGGUUGCCAAAAUUGGAACUAUUUCUUCUCAGUGUAAAUCAAUCCUGCGUUAAUGCGUUAGCAUAUCUAUCACGUUUCACUGCUGUACGAUAAUUACAGCCCACACGGGACCUCCCUGGGUAGUUGCACUUUAAGUAUAACCACUCGGUAUAAGGGUUGUUCUAGUAUUAGGAGUUACUAAAAUAAAAAUUACUGCAGUUAAUUUACAACACCGAAUGGGGACUUUUUCUUACACAGUAGAACACGAUAUAUAUUUAGGUGUGUUUUUGUUAAUGCAAGCACACUAUCGGACUGAGUAUUGCAAAUAACGACGAAACUGUUUUCUUUUAAGUAAAUCUCUAUCAGAGCAGUUGUCAAAAAUCGAGAUUUAUUUAUUCAGUACGAGUUUAAAAACAAUAGUUUCUAAAGCCGUUUUGUCGACAAACGAUUUCCAUACUGACUAAUCGUCAGAUCGGCUUUAAAAAACGUUCAUCACUCAGACAUGCCGUCGGCAUGAUGAGUAAAUGUAUGGUAGUAAACAUGUACAAUCUACGCAACAUACAUAUCAUUCCAAAUUGCAAUCGGAUUUUGUGUAACUGCAGCAAUUGUUGAUCCGAGAUACGUCUGAAAUACUGUGUCCGUUUUUGUGCAAGAUAUCAGUGUCGAUUUCACGUUCUUGUGUGCUUAAUGGUAUGAUAUUUCCAGAUCUCAGAGUCUUCUUUUUCCGACCAUUCCUCGUCAAACAACUACGAUCUUCAGAGAGUACUUUUGGCAACUCUUAAAUAAGUCACCUCUGU